CUCAUUAACUACCGGGCUCGAGGCACGAGCUCUGUUUCGUUCAUUGAUCCGCGUCUCUUUUUAAAAACUCCUUUCUUGCCUGGUAUUCUCACUCACACACACCCGGUCCCGGUCGAUCCUAUCCCACACUAUGUAGACAGGUUCAGAAUCAAGAGAGCGCGUUUCUGAGAAGACGUGGCGUGAACCGGUUUAGUGUUUAUUUCUCUCUCUCGGUUAUGGACUACAUUUGAGAGCGAGAGGAGAGGGAGAAAAGAAAUGUCUAGGCUACUCUACAACAACAUCAUGGACUCUGUUCUCCUCUCAGUCGUUACGCUGGUAGUUGUUUUCGCCUCCUCUUCCUACUCUCUUUCCUCCUCCGACGUCGUUCCCUCUCCUUCCUUCAUUCUACCGUUUACCGACUGUGUCCAGAGCCGCGGGAGAGACGGGUUCUACCAAGGGGCUGUGGACGUGACGGAGUCCGGUGUGGUGUGUAUGAGGUGGAGCGAGGUAGCGGGGUUUGAGGAGCGCUAUCCGGGUAGAGGGCUGGGGGAUCAUAACCGCUGUCGGAACCCGGACAACAGGAUCAGACCCUGGUGCUUCUUCAGGAACAGCCGCGGCAGAACGGACUGGGGCUACUGCGACUGUAAACAAGGGUCAGUGCGCCUGCAGGGCGGCCGCUCUAAGCUGGAUGGCAGGGUGGAGGUGUAUCUACAGGGGGUCUGGGGGUCUGUCUGUGGUGAUGACUGGGGAGACCAGGACGCUACAGUGGUCUGCAGACAGCUGGGACAGGGUUUCCCUGGCCGAGCGCGCUCCUCCGCCCUAUCUCCUCGAGGGGGUGUGGUCAGAAUGCACUGGGGGGCGGUCCACUGUCAGGGGGAGGAGCCUGAUAUACUGCAGUGUCCCAGUGUUCCAUGGAACGGAGGGGAGUGUCCCCACGCUGCAGGGGUCACCUGUACCACAAUGGAAGUGGUUGCGUUGGUGCCAGUGAGGUUGGUGGGGGGUGUCAGCGUGGGAGGGGCGUGUUGA